AUGGCGUCGUUUCUACCUUACCUGUUGCUGUUUCCCGCGCUGUCACUUGCAAGAAUAGAUGUCAAAAUAUUCGGUUUAUACGAUGGAAUCGAGAAGACUGUUGUAAUCGAUUUUAAUGGAUCCGAUACGAGCGUAAUAUCAGAUAUUGAAGAAAAAACAUUCCAUUUAGACGAAGAUACAUUAAAAAUGAGCGCACAAAAAUUCUUCGGUGAUACACCAAGCGAUGUCUUCUUACGUAGUCCGACACCAUUCGGGGAUUUGUACAAAACAUACAAUUGGGAAGAAGUGAAACGAACGAUGAAACCUAAGAACGGUAGAAUUUUGAACAUAACAAACGAAAUGCGAACUAUAAUGAGCAAGAACUUCGUAAACACAGAAACGAAACCGACUACGUUUAAUAUUGGAUUGAAGAAACAUUUAGAAAAUACCGUUUCAUCAUUUUGGACUAAAAAUGGCGAUCUAACAAUCAACAAGGGAAUAAACUACGCUAUAUAUUUAGGUAAUGAAACUAUGACAUAUACUUCUUUAUGGGGUUUAAAUACAGAGAAAUCUGUUACAACUGUUUUCGGUUCUGAUGACGUGCAAAUUUCAUUACUUCCCGGUCAAUCAGUGACCACUGAAUUGAGAGCUAUGAAACUGAACUUGGCCAUAGAAAUGGAGUACACAACCAGUCUAUCAGGAUCUAUUGCCACGAAUUAUAUGCAAAGUUACAAAGACCAUCAUUACUGGGCAUUGGAUAUCGAAGAAUUAAUGUCAACCAAUGGUCUUUCAAAUGAGGUUACGUCAACAGAAACUAUAGAAGUAACAUUUUAUACAAACCCACAAAUAAUAGUUUUUGAUACGAAAACCGGAGAAAAAAUGACUGAUCUAAUUAUGUGA